UGAACUUUAUUUUUUUCUUUUUGUAUAGUAUUUUAAUUUAUUUAAUGCUAGCUCCCCCAUCUUCAGUUCAGUUCAGUCCAUUUCAUCUGACCUGUUAUCUCUUAGAAGUAGAUACUUCGAAUUUGGUUCCUUUUAUGUUAUUGGAGUUAUCUAAACACCAGUUUUGCGUUCUCUUGCGCAUGCGUGACAGGUGGAAGAGACUUUCACUUCAAAUAGGUUCAAAGUUUGGAUCUUGGCAGUGCCAAGUGGUGUUAUUAGUAUCUCAACUCUCAAUGCAAUAGGAUCAAGACAGGAGUUAAUUGAAUUAUUAUGAUUAUUAUUAUUACUGUACUGUCGUAUAUAUUUCCUGUCAAUAAGAAAGAUGGAGACAUAAUCGCCGUUAGGUUUUGGCCUAACUGGUACUUCCCAUCUUCUUUAAAUUGGGUUUUAACUCCGGAAACUUACAUUUGGAUAUGAAUGAAUUUAUGGCUAGUAUGGGUUGAUGACUUUUUGAUUUGACUCCGUAUUGGCUGCUUAUUAAAAAGUUCAAUAAAAACACAUUUAAGAAAGCCCUUUGAAUUCUUGAUAUUUUGUUGCAAGUUUUAAUUUUUACAUAUGAGCCUGGCCACAGGUUAGGCCUCCGAGUCCACACUUUCCCUCUAUGCUCUGUUCUGCAAAAUUAGGCGUAUUUUAUCUUGGUUCUCCAAGUCCAAGAAAAAGCACAGGGGCACUUGUAGCCAACCCGAUGUAGCCACGUGUCAAACGUCGAAGAAUGUUUCCCGCCUAUUCCGAAGCUGACAUGGCAUAGCAGCCAGUGCUGUGAUUAGCUACAAUGCCUCUCUACAUACUUACAUAAUUCCCAUUUCCCAGCACAUCCCCGCCAAUGUGUCACAGGUGCACACACCAGUGACCAGACCGGGUUCUACCUCAGGAAAUUUAAGGGCUUCUGGGUUGCUGAAACUAGGGUUAAAUUUGUGCCAGCAUUUCAGGUUUGGUUCUUUCCACUUGGUACACUUCGGCGUUUGGGUUUUGUCUGUACGUUUUUGGCUGUGUUGGGUGAAUUUAUUGCAUAUCCAAUUUUUGACCCCUUCAGAUUCUUCAUAUCCAAUUUUCUUUGGUAGCAGGUUUUAGCGUUAAUGUGGUUUUUGGUUGUAUGUAAUUGAAUUUCUCUCUUUUUUUUUUUUUGGUAGCAAGUUGUAGCGUUAUUGUGGUUCUUGGCUGUAUAUAAUUGAAUUUCUUUACAAUUACUUUCUAGAGCUUUUAAUUUAAUUUUAUUAAUUUUUUUUUUUUUUCUGAGAUUUGAAUGGGUUAAUUCUUUAUUAACUUUCCAUUUUCAACGUCGGGGAGAGCCUUAUUUAAGGACCCCCUCUCAAUGAAAUGGAACCAUGGUCUUCACUGGUGAGCUCUGAAAGCAAGUGGAGUUUCACUGCACACAAUUCUAUAUUAUAGUUGGUAUAGCCUUUUUGCAAUUAUAAAUUCUUCCUCAAGUGUCCCCCAGGCAACAGCGAGUUUCUUGAUUAUGCUCAGUAGUCAGUACUGAGAGCAGUGCGGUAGCCCCAAGGAUUUAUAUUUGAUCUGGUGCUUCGUUGUUGGGGUUUUCCUAACGAUCUUUUGUUCUAAAAAGGUUUGUGGUUUGUGCAUUCUAAAUUUUUGAUAUGACUAAGAGACAUUUGGUUAAGAUAGGGGAUAAGAAGGAAUCUGGGUCUGCAGCUCGAAAAUCAACCAGUGGUACAAACAAAUCAAAAGAUGCUUCUGUAGAUAACGAGCUGAGGACUGGAGCUCUGAAGGAUGAAGAUACGAGGAAGGUUGCUGUUGGUGGGUCUGAGGGGGAGGAAUCUGCUGUAAACGAGAGUGGUAGAUCCAAAGAUGUUCCUUUAGCUGAUGAUCUUAAAAUAGGGGCUCUGAGGAAUGAAGUAAUGAGGAAGGCUGCUAGUCGCAAGCCUGCAGAGAAAUCUUCAGUCACUGCAGGCAAACAGGUCAGAAAAUCUAAUGAUGUUACUGUAGAUGAUGAUCUGACAAUGGGCGUUCUGAAGAAUGAUGUAAGGGGAGUUGAUGUUGAUAAGUCUAUUGGAAAGAAAGUGGCCAAACAGAGCAACACACUGAAAGACAGUGAUGUAGAUAAUGAUCUAAAACUUGGGGUGCUGAAGGAUAAUCUUACGAGGGCAGUUUCUGGUGGUAAGUCCAUGGGAAAGAAGUCUGAAGCAAGAGAGAGUAAGGCCAGAGGUAAGGCCAAACUUGUUGAGGAAGAACAGGAUGGAGAGACAAACAUGAUGGAGGGGUGUAAAAAGGGCACACCCAUGGAGGAGGGGAGUAAAGAGGACACACCUAUGGAAGAGGGGAGUAAAGAGGACACACCCACUCCAGUGAGACGAAAGAGGGGAGCAGAUGGGGAAAUUGUGGAGGAGUUUUGGUUGUCUUUAGAGAGAAGUUCAUCCAGGCUACGCCCUAGAAAGGAGGUGCCUGCUUUCCGUUCGGUAGAUUUGGAGGAUGAUGACAACGACAGGAUCAUUGGCAAAAGAGUUAAGGUUUACUGGUCAGGGUCACGAAAAUGGUUUACUGGACGCAUCAAAGCUUUUGAUUAUGAAAAGAGGCUUCAUGAUAUUCUGUAUGAAGAUGGUGACCGUGAAAUGUUGGAUUUAAGGAAAGAGCGGUUUGAGCUUGAAAUGAUGCCUACUGAGUGUUUCAAGCUGAGAACCAAACCCAGUUAUGAAAAGAAAGUGAAGGAUUUAGAUGGCGAGAAGGUCAGUGCAGAAGCUUUGAAGGAGGAUAUUGAGAUGGUGGAUGCUGAGAAAGGGGCAAAGGAAUCAGAGCCAAAGAAAAAAACUGAGUCAGAUAUAUCUGUGAAAGAAAAGACAGAUCCUGAAGAGAAUGGAGAAGAACUGGUUGCAAAAAUGGGUUUUGAUGUGCCUGCUGAGAAAGCCAAGGAGAUGGUUAUUGAUGAGGCUCAUGAUGAUGAUGAAAUUGACAAUAUAAAGAAUGCUGUCGUUGACGUUAACAAGUCUGUGGAAGUUAAUUAUCAGGAGGAGGAUGGGAAGAUUAACUCUCUUGCAGAAGAAAAAGGCAGAAUGUCAGUUGAAGCCCAACAUAGCACACUGGAUUCCAAUGUCGAGAAGAAAGGAGAUGAUCAUUUAGAAAAGCAGAGUGAGAUUGUAGAGAACAGUGAAUAUGAAGACGCUAAAUGUAUGGACAGAAACUUGACCGGCCAGAAAGCUGGGAAAGCAAAGAAGGCCAAGGAUAACAAAAAAGCCUAAAGCACAACUCAAUAUGUCAGUUCAAACACAGUAAACAUCUGGUGAUUGAAGAUGAAGCUAGUCUAUUUUACUGCAAGAAUGUGUCAUCUCCAAGCUCAACUGGUGGCUUCAAUCUUCAUGGAACUCAGUAGCCUAAAAUGAGAAAAAUGCACCAAGUACACAGUCAAGUUUCUCUUCUUUCUAUCCUUUUUCUUUUAUUUACCUUUUUGCCUUUCCCCCUCUCCAAUCAGAAAAGCAGCAACCUUGUGAACUUUUAUUAUGCAGAACAUGUUGUAUGAACUAUAUAAGAAUUUUAUCCUUUUAUUAUAGAUAUAUUUCUUCCUUUAA